CGACUCCACUCUCCCUCUAUAUGAAAUAAAAGAUAGUUUAUGUAUUCAUUUCAACCAGAUUGUCACAACUUUCCAAGUUUAAAGAAUUUCGUUUAAUGAAAGUAUGCGCGCUCCCGCCGAAACGCAGCAUCAGCACCGCUAUCUCGCGCGCGCGCGCCUCUAGCGAGCGAAUCUAUCGCCAUCCCGGCUGAGUGAGUUAAAGUUGGCCGAAAGGACGGCUAAACGAUGCUGUACUGUUCGGUGACGAGGAGAGGAUAACAUUUGAUUUACUCAUCUAAAAUCGACUCCGUCUUCCUUAGAGGAUGGAUAUCAAAAUUCUUGCCCCAAGCCUUUUACUCUUUCUCGCCUUUCAGCAUUGCUCGUCACGGCCAUGCUUAGAUCCGCUGAUUUCUCCUCUCUAUGCGUCCUCUUUCCAUGCUUCUUCCAGAUAUAACUUUUUUUACUCCGCACACUUUGCCAAACUGUAUGGGAGCAGCGGCUGGUCUCCUUCCCCUCGGGACAGGCAGCCAUGGAUGCAGAUUGACUUGGGGAGGAAGUAUCGUAUCAUGGCCAUUGCUACUCAGGGUACCUUCAACUCUUAUGACUGGAUCACCAAAUACAUGCUGCUGUACGGGGAUCGAUUCGACACGUGGACUCCAUAUGUCAUGAAAGGAGGAAACAUGACGUUGCCUGGCAACUGGAAUUACUACCAGGUGAAGAGGAACGUCUUUCAUUAUGCGUUCACUGCCAAACAUCUGCGCAUCUAUCCCAUGGGCUGGAAUACUGAGAACGGAGGCAAAAUUGGCCUGCGCGUAGAGCUCUACGGCUGUCCUUACGAUUCAUAUGUGAUGCAGUUUGAGGGGGAUGACAUGGUGGCAUACUCAUUCCCACAAGGCAGGAUGAGGACACUUCAGGACCACUACGCUUUGAAUUUUAAGACCUUGGAGAAGGAUGGUAUUCUCCUGCACAGUGAGGGUCUGCAGGGAGACUCUGCCACUCUGGAACUAAAGACUGGACGCCUCUACUUACACAUCAGCCUGGGGAGCAGCACAGUCCAUAACACCAAUGGGAUGACCACAAUGAUGCUGGGAAACCUGCUGGACACACAGCAUUGGCACUACGUCACCAUCAAGCGUUACGGGCGAGAGGUUAACUUUACCCUGGAUGGACAGACUGAGACUGCUGUCCUUAACGGAGAGUUCAAGUACCUUGAUCUGGACAAACAGAUUUAUGUUGGCGGUGUGAUUGAGAAAGACACGCCCCACCUGCCUGGUAAGGUUAACUUCCGUGGCUGCAUGGAGAAUGUCUUUAUCAAUGGAAUCAAUAUCAUCUACAAGACACAGUACCAGGAGCCUGAAAUUCGACUAGCUCCUAAAAAGAAAAAGAUGCAUUAUACCUGCCGUGACCUCCUCUGGAAGCCCAUGACCUUUGCAGGGCCCAACAACUACCUGCAGCUGCCUGGGUUCUUCCGGAAGAACCGUCUAGCGGUAAAAUUUAAGUUCCGCUCAUGGGACUACACAGGGUUACUGAUGUUCACCAGGUUUGCAGAUGAUUUGGGCUCUCUGGAGCUUGGCCUCAGUGAAGGACAGGUGAACAUCACUCUCAUGCAGCCUGGAAACAAGAGAUUACGCUUUGCUGCAGGGUACCGUCUCAAUGACGGCUUCUGGCACACGGUAGACCUGACCGCCAAAGACAACUUACUAACUAUCACUAUAGAUGAAGAUGAGAGCUCACCACUAAAGAUCACCAACCCCUUUAUGGUUCGUACAGGAGACCGCUACUUCUUUGGGGGUUGUCCUAAGACCAAUAACACGGCUCGCUGUGUGACCAAGCUGUCUCGCUUCCAUGGCUGCAUGCAGCAGAUCUUUAUAGAUGAUGAGCCGGUUGAUAUAGAUGUCAUGCUGCAGAGAAAAUGGGGCAGAUACGCCGAAAUCCUGCUGGGCACCUGCGGAAUCACUGAUAGGUGCACUCCAAACCCAUGUGAACAUGAAGGCAGGUGUAUUCAGUCCUGGAAUGACUUCUUGUGUGUGUGUAACAACACAGGCUACAAGGGGGAGGUUUGUCAUAACUCUGUCUACAGGGAGUCAUGUGAGGCCUACAGACUGAAUGGGAAGUACUGGUCAGGAAACUACACUAUAGAUCCAGAUCUGAGCGGACCACUGAAGCCUUUCACAGUCUACUGCAAUAUGUUGCAAAAAUCAUGGACUGUCAUCGAGCACAACCGCAUGAAAAGCACCAAGGUGAGCGGCUCCACUGUGGAUCGACCUUAUAUUGGGGACAUCCAGUAUGUAAACGCAUCCUGGGAUGAAGUCACUGCCCUAGCAAACACCUCCUUAUACUGCGAACAGUGGAUUGAGUUCUCAUGCUACAAGUCACGCCUCCUCAAUACUCCACAUGGAAGACCAUACACUUACUGGAUUGGUCGGCAUAAUGAGAGUCAUGAAUACUGGGGAGGAGCUUUCCCUGAAAGUGGAAAAUGUGGAUGUGCUGUCAAUCAAACUUGCACUGACUCCAAGUACUGGUGCAACUGUGAUGCCGACUACCGCCAAUGGCACUCAGAUAAAGGCUACCUGUCGUUCCGAGACCAUCUGCCUGUCAGGAGGAUUGUCAUAGGGGACACUAACCGCACCGGUUCAGAAGCUCGCUACAGUGUUGGGGCGCUGUACUGCCAUGGAGACAGGAGUAUCUGGAACACCAUAGCUUUCACCAAACCCACCUAUCUGACGUUCCCCACCUUCAAGCCCGGCACCAGUGCUGACAUUACAUUCCACUUCAGGACCUACCGUACUAACGGAGUGUUUGUGGAGAGCUCCGACGACCACCUCCGUAAUUUCUUACGAAUUGAACUCAAUUCUACAACUGAGGUGGUAUUCAUUUUCAUGGUGGGUGAUGGAAUUAGAAACGUGACCCUGCGCUCUCCUAAACCGCUCAACGAUAAUGAGUGGCACUAUGUAGAAGCUGAAAUUAAUGUUAAAUUGGCUCGACUAAAAGUUGAUUUCUUCCCUCCGGCCAUACACAAGUUCCCAGGGCAGACCUACAUCACAAUGAAGUUCACACAACCCCUGCUCGUAGGUGCAGCCAAUCACACCUUAAGGCCUUUCCUGGGUUGUUUGCGUGGGCUGAGGAUGAACGGGGUCCCUGUGGAUUUAGAGGGGAAGGUUGACGAGAUGGCUGGGAUACGCAGGAACUGCACUGGAGCGUGUCUGAAUGCCUCCAUACCAUGUCGAAACGGAGGCCAGUGCAUUGAUGGGUACGCUUCAUACGCCUGUGACUGCAAUAACACAGCCUUCGAUGGCUAUUACUGUCAUUUAGAUAUCGGGGCAUUCUUUGACGUGGGAGCGUGGCUGCGGUAUGACAUCCGCAAAGAGCCCAUUUCCUUUGACGCAUGGUGGGCGAACUUCUGGAUAGAGCCUCACUGGCACAACUUCACUCUCGGCUACAACACGACAACGGAUGACAUAGAGUUCAGCUUCAGCACUCUACAGGCCCCAGCUGUGCUCCUGUAUAUCAGCUCCUUCGGCAAUGAUUACAUCGCUGUCUUGCUCAAGAAAGAUGGCACUCUGUCGCUGAGAUACCGACUUGGGAUAAUAAGCUACAAAUUUAAGUUGACUGACAGAAACAUGGCCGAUGGCUUUCCUCAUUUUGUCAACAUCACUCGACACAACUACACAGUAUGGACACAGGUGGACUACAUGGAUCCGUGGAUUGAGAAGUUAAUACCAGGAGAGAUUCCCAGAUUUGACUCACCAAAGUCUAUAUUCUUGGGUAGAGUCAUGGAGGUGGGAGGUGUAGACUACGAAAUUCAGAGGCACAACAGUCCAGGUUUUAUGGGCUGUAUAUCAGGGGUCCGCUAUAAUAUCUUUGCCCCACUGAAGGCCUACUUCCGACCCAAUGUAACCAAUCCACCCGUGACGACUCAAGGCUAUGUGGUGGAGUCUAACUGUGGGGCGUUUCCCCCCGUCUUAGGAUAUGUCCCUUGGGAGGAUGACCCCUGGUUCACUGGCCUGUUCUUUUAUUACAUUCAUGAUGAUGUUACCCCACCUUGGAUGACACUAAUCGUGACCGUGUCUCUGAUGUUGCUCUUCCUGAUCCUGUACGGCCUCUACAUUUACCUGUACAGGUAUAAAGGCAGUUACCACACUAAUGAACCGAAGCAGCUGGAGUCCCCCAGCUCUUCUCGGCCCCUCACUGAUACUCUGCGCAAGGAGAGAAAGAACCUGCCGGAAAUACAGGAGGAAAGUCCCAAUGAAUAACACACAACUACAGACUGAGGGAUGUCUGGAAGAAAAGAGAGGAGUAAUGGUGAUUAUGAGGGAGGUAAAAAGACUGAGGAAUGAAUUGCAAAGGUGAUUUUUUUUAAUGUAUUUUUUUGCCUUUAUGGUAAUGUAACUGUAUAUUUAUUUUUCUGUCCCAUUAUUUUUACAGUGUAAUCUGAUAUUUGGUGCUUUUGGCAGGGUUCAAAAUAAGCAGGCUAUUGACAAUUUACCAUCUGAUCAAUGAGCACUGGCAGUGCGGGCUGACUGAAGUGCCUCAGCAACAUUACAGGAAACUUUUAAAGACUGAUCCAGGGUUCCCACAGUCAUAGAGACCUGGAAAUAUCAGGGAAUUUUAGAAUUGUGAUUUCCAGGCCUGUAAAAACGUAUUAGAAAUGAAUAUAAUCAUGGAAAAGUCAUGGAAAUUUGUGUUGAAAAUGAAUAUUCUUUAUAGUUAUGCCCACCCAUCUCAACAAUAUUUCAGUUUUGAAAUAUUUUUCAUAUUUUUUUUUUUUUUACAACACCCAUUUCAUUUUUAAAAAUCAAGAAUGAUUGGAAAUGUCACAAAAACAAAAACAAAACAAAAAAAAUCUCUCCGUAUAGCUAAUGUAAAUCUUUCUAGUUGUGCUGAAAUUCACUUUUUGUGACUAGGACUGGCUAGAAAUGUCAUGGAUAUUGAAAAAAAUCUGGAAAUUUCUGUAGUCAGCAUAAAUCUUUCUAGCUAUGUCCAUCUCAAAAAUAUUUUAUUGGUUGAAAAUUCACUUAAAAUGAUUUAAAAAUAAAUAAAAUACAACUAAAAUAAAUAAUAUAAUAAAAAAUCUGUAUUAUAAAAUGACUGGAAAAAUUGAAAAUGCAUUUGUCUGAUGUUGUGGGAACCCUGUAUAUAAUAAGUGAAAUCUUUUUGGCUCAUUAUUGUGUACUGGCAAAAGUAGUGUAGAUUUACUGUAAGCGUUUUUCAUAGUCAUGCUGUUGUGUUAAUGAGAGAAUCUGCACAAAAUGCACAACAACCUUCAAAGUUUUGAAGAUGUAGAUAUGUUUACACAUAUCUGUUUUAUCAUCACUGAAAAACUUCAUUAACAUAUAGUAUGGAGGAAUUUGCUCAGACAUAGCUAAUGGUAUUUAAGUAUAUGUUUUAUACUACUGCCUAAAUUCGGUCGCGGCGCUUAUAAGAGAUGGAGAGUCAAAUGGCAUUGAAUGGCUUCAGCUUCUUUACAGCACAAUGAUGUGCUGAACAAUAACCUAUAUGGGGAAAUAUUAUUACUGUGGCAUUUUAAAAACUGCAGAAAGGUGUUUUUGUGAUAGUAGCCAUAUUGCAUAUUGCUUGUGAACAACAAUGAGGUGUAACAUUUAUGAAGAUUAGGACAUUUUUGUGAAAUUGGAUCCAUGAAAGGUCUACAAAGAAAAGUUUCUUGACUAAAGGCCAAUGGUCGAUGUGUAACCAUCUGCCCAAGCAUCAGACAUGAACACGGUGUGUUGUACUGUAUGUCUCAGGGUUGGUAACAGUGAUGGCAUUGGAUAGAGAGUUACAGUACGUGUUCUUCUCACUGCUGCUACAGCAACACACACCAGCCUUUUCAAGCCAUUCUCUAGGCAUUUUGACACUGAACUUCUAAAUGACCUAUAAUGAAGAAAUCUCUUUAUAUUUCACAAACCCAAUGCAGGCAGGAAUAAUUUUGUAUUGUGUCAGAUGAGAAUCAUCCCACAGAUCAGAGAUUAAGCUGUUUUCCUCCUCGUGUCUUCUGUCUGUUGAAGAGAAUUCUUCCUAUAGGCCAAAGCAAACUGAUACAGUUUUUUUAUAAUAGUGUACAGUCAUACUUCUGUUCAGUUUACACAAUAUUCAUGUCACGGGAUUGAUAAAAAAAGUGUUUUAGAACAGUGAUUCCCAACCAGGAAAAACAGAAAAAGAAAAACUUACUGGAAUUAAUAUCUUUUUUCCUCCCAGUGUUUUUUUUAAAGGAAAGAAAACAUUUUGUAAUGUGUGCAUGUUUUACAUGUAUGUAUGUAUUUAUUUAUUUAUUUAUUUAUAUUUAUGUGGUUGAUUUUGCAUUCAUAGCACAUUUUUUCUUCAAAAUUAGUUUUUUUCUUCAGUAAAAAUAAUAAUGGGGUACUUCAGCCUUAUUGAUGGGCCUAUCAGGUACACAAGACAAAAAAAAAAGUUUGGAAAACUGUUCUAGACAGACUUUUAUAGUGUGGAUCUUCUGCUGCCUGAAUGUAUUUACUUGUAGUUGUGGGGCCUCAUUUAUAAAAUGUUGCGCAGAAACCGUCCUAAAUUUGAUCUUACGAUCAUUUCUCAGAUGUGCGUAUGUGUGAUUCAUAGAAUGAACGUACACACAGAAAACAAGCGUACGCCUCUCUUUUAGAUGUGAAAUCUAUAAAUUGCAAAUGAUCUUGAACUUGCGCGAGCUGAAUGGUUUCAGUUCUCCGCAUUGUAAACGACACCUAAUUAAUGUCAUUUACAUAUAAAAGAUCACCAGUCAUCGCCCAAAUCCUUGGCGAGCAGCAAGAAUAGCUUAGAUUUUCAAAAACCUGUAGUAAUAUGACAAGGAAAAGUGCGUACGUCUGCUAUGUCUGUUUUCCAUGUCAAAGACCGUUUUUAUAAAUAUGAGCAUUGCCGUGGAUUUAAGCAUACGCACACUCUAAGAUCAAAUCUGUGCGUACGCAUACUUUAUAAAUGAGGCACGUGGAGUCUACAAUCUAUAGGACCUAUAUAUUAAUCAGAAAAAGGUGAACAGACUUGUUUUAGCUUUGGAUCAAUAACUCAAUGACAGAAACACUAAAAUACCAUCUUUAGAAUAUAGGGGAACAGCAAACUUAACAUGUUCUAAUAUCAUAAAUUGCAAUCUGGUUGUUUAAGGUAGUUCAAAAUGAGACCAUCUAGAGUUUGGACAGAAAUAGUCAUAAAGUAGCUGAUAUUUUUGCACGAGGUCACCUUUGAAAGCUUUCUUAGCAUGAAACACUGAGAAGUUCAGCACAAGUCUGGUUGUUGUGCUCGAGAGGCUUUCACACAUCACAGACUGACGUCUGUGGAUGGAAGAUGCCCUUGUAUAAAGUCAUGUUUUUUUUAUAAAUUCAUUCAUGCAUUUGCUGUAUGCCACCAUUAUUGCUGCUGCUGCUACUUAGCUGUUUUGACUGUGGUUUUACUCAGAGCUUAGAUCACUUCCAUCAUCUUUCCAGAUGUAAAACGAGCUAAUAAAACAAAAAAGCAAAUAAGGUAGAACACAUAUAUUAUCUUUAGAAGCUAUGCAUUUUGCAUGACUACUGCACUUUUCAUCGAAAUGCAAUAAGAAAAAGAAGAAUCUGCUGCUUCCAGUGCCAGGCACAUGUUCUUGAGUCUUUCUUUAAAAGAGCCAUAAGAGCUUUCAUCAAAGAGAUUGCAUAAUAUUCACCCACAGAUUAUGCUGUUUAUGUAUAUGUAUAAAAAAAGUGUACUUCUCUUUUUAUCAUGCUAAUUUGUAUAAAAAGGUAGGCAAGUGAGAGUAUUUUGAAUAGAUGAGUGUUGAAUGGAUAAGUUCAGCUUUAACCUCUUAACCUCAUGACCUCUGCCAGGUUUCUAAACCUCCUCUUUUGUCUCUUCUGUUAUUCUUUUUUUUUUUUUUUUUUUUUAAUGUAUCCCUCAUUCUUUUACUUAUUCCCUUCCAUCAUCCUCUAAACCAGUGGAAUAUAGACUUUCAAUUCAUUUUUACUUUGAAAAGAGUCUUGAAAGAAGAAUGAAAUGCUAUUAAAUUGCACAGGGACAAACA